UCUCGUGACCGCCGUUUUCCAUCCCUUAUUUCCCAACUCUGCGGGAGUCUAGAGUUCAGCACGCGUAAAAGCAAGUCUUGUGAAGUGCGAAGUUUCCCGCUCCGUGGCGAUUCGAUUGGUGUUUUAUUGUUCUUUAACUCCAAACUUUUGAAUAGUUCAAAGCUUUACAAAUAACAUCGAAGAAGCGAAAACCAUGAAAACUACACGCACAGAUCACGAUGGUGGAAUCAUGUCCGGUUUUAUUUUGUUCAUUGCAGUUAUAGACCUGUCAUCUGCUCUUUGGCUCAGCACGCCGUACCAAGUUAAAAAACCUGGAGACUCGCUAGUUGUGGUAUGCAAAGACGGAAACAUGGGCAAGGCAGUGACAUGGAGAGGGCCCAGAGAUAGAGCUUUGGGGGAGAAAACCCAGCCCAACUUUUACGUACGCAACUACGGCACUGCUCUGGUGUUCAGCUCUAUACGAUACGAGGAUGCUGGGACGUACACGUGUAAAUCCGAAACCGGAGAAAGUGAAGAAUUUACCCUUGUAGUUGGUGAUGACAGUGAUGGUGACACUUUUGAGGAGAGCAAUGAUGAUGUCCAAUCAACAGAAAUUAUUAUACACCCCCCUAAUUUAUUUAGACCUAAUCAUACAAUUCCUACAGAACCUAUAGAAUUCAUUGGAACGCCUUCGGUACAAAAAGGUUUGGAGGGGACAAACAUUACAGUGGCAUGCGAAGCAAAACGAGGAAUCAUAGAAUGGGCGAUCGACGAAGAACAGCCUAGACCUCCAAAGUACGUAAUACUAGGGGACGGUCUUCUUAUCGUCAAUCUUACGAGAGAAGAUGGCCAAAGGAAAUAUAUAUGCAGAGCAGUUAGAGAAUCGUCGGGCGACGUUAAAGAGAAAGAAAUUACCGUAAUAGUCGAGCACCAACCAAUUUGGACGCUCAAAUACGAAAAGCAAGACAUAGUCUACGGCAUUAUGGGCGAAUUUGUAAACCUAAUUUGUGACGUCGAAUCAGAACCCGCCCCACAAUUUCAGUGGAUGGAAAAAAAUGGCAGGCGCAAAAUUGGAAUGGCAACCACAAACGGAAUGACAUCUAUAUUGAAGUUGAAAAUGACCAAAGAAGCACUAGGAAAUUACACCUGCAUAGCUAAAAACCCCCACGGAAAACUAGAAGUCCAUUUUACCUUGACAAACGGAACCAUUCCCGAUCCGCCAUCUUCCAUUCAAUUGAAAAGUGCUGGUUUCGAUCACCUGGAUUUGGAAAUAGAAGGUCCUGAAGAUAUAGACAACACAACGGAAACAAUGAUGAUUACCGGAUUUCGCGUGGAAUAUAAAUCGAAAAAUAGUACCGAAUGGAUGGAAAAAGACUAUGAACUAGCAGAAGAUAAAGCCUACGCGUUGACGGGACUGGAAAAAAACACCUUUUACCAAGUAAGAGCGGCGACGAGAAAUCUCGCUGGUAUAAGUGAAUUUACCAACACGUCAAUUUUUCGAACGCAACCAAAUCACGGACUCACAAUUUCCGCUAAAUUUCCCUGUGCCUUUAGUUUUACGGUUAGUUUCUUAGUUUAUAUAGUUAGUUUGGCGGUAUGUCCGAUUUCCUAAGCCUUAAUGUUUGUACAGUCACGGUAAAAAAAAAUUGUGCGUUUCGGGUAUAUUUACAUCAGAUCAAAGAUGUUGAAACAUUUUGCAUUUUCACAGCAAUAUACUUCUAUGCCAUGACUAAGUUCACUUACUUCGCACUUCAGUGAUAACUCGUUGACAUACAAAGACAUCUGGCAGAAGUCUUUUUUUUUUCUUAUCUCAAAACAAUAAUCGACGUGUCUUAGCACCAUGACCUCUACAAAAAGGCGCUGAAACGACUGUAAACAAUCGAUGAGCCAUCACGAAAAGGAGAAUAAUUCCAGGUCGCUAUAGGAAAAAUUGAUGCGGCCACGCGACUUAGAAUCUAAAGGCCACAAGAUGGGCAAGUUGAAAUUUAUCAAAAAUUAUUCAUUUUAAGGUAUGUGAGCUUCAUCAUCGUCAACCCCAUCAAAUUAAAUCCACGGUAGUACUAACAGCAAAGUUGAAAACACCUCGUUUAAUCAAAAGUGGUUUUUAUUAUUAUUUAUUUAUUUAUCAUUAAUUUUACGGACGGAGUCAAUUUCUACAUUUACAUUUCUAAAUUUAAUACAAAAGUAAGAACUUAAAGUAAAAACCUAGGCCACAAUCUCCCAAGCUAAGGAGAGAAAAAUAAAUAACUAUUGUAAGCUAUGUUUUGUUAUGUUAUGGUUGCUUGAAUCUGAUUCCUAAACCUACACUCAGUAGUGCACAUUUUCAUUGGCCAGCCGUCCAUAGUUGGUCCUGUGAUACGGUCCAAAAAUGUACUAUUUGGACGCGGAAUUCGUAUUAGUGUCAAAAACCCAAUUUUUGAUAGAAUGGAGGGAUAAAAACAACUGGAAUUAAUAAGUUUGAACAGCAACAUCAGGUCGGCUUCGUCACGACGAGCUUAAAGCAUUUUCAAACUUAAUGAGUUUUCAAGAGCCACAUAAUCGAUGUUAGCCAAGGCGACACUCAACUUAAAAGCUAUAUAUCUAGGAAAACGGUGCUGAACUUGUUUAUUUAUUAAUUUCUUUAUUCAAUGCCAAUAAUAUAAUCUCUACUGCAAGUGCAGUGCCCUCUAUUUAGCUGUUCACGACAGGAAGAGGAUUAUUUAAUAACAUUUUAUUGCCGAUAGAAAUAUUCUGCUAAAAAAUAAUAUAAAAAAACAAAACCUCUGGUAGUACUUCUAUAGAUGGUUCUUAAAAUUUAAUUUUUUAUUUAGAAUAGUGCAACCACUUUAGUCCAAACACCUAACUCUCAGGCCCAAUUCAGAUUAUUAAAUUGUACGGAUUAACGAAUAUAUAAUAAAAACAUCUGUGUAAGUUUUUACAUUUUUAAUAUGUAUAUAUAUUAAAUUUCACAUACUACAUAUGUAAUGUACCUUAUUAACUAACAAAACAUGCACCUAAUAUUAUUUUAAAGAACAAAAACAAACCUAAAAAAUAAAACAUUAAUUCCUUUCCGGAACAGUAAAGGAAUUUGUAAUUUUUGUUUGACACUGCAUCAUCAUCUUUCAUGAAACAUGGAGUUUCGGAAUUCCCAUCAGAGUCAGAAUCUUCGACAACUUCUCCGAAUAUACUAGCUUCAGUCAAUGCGUCGCUGAUUGCCUUAUCCCAUGUUUCGAUCUCUUCAUUCGAUAAGCACUUGUUAAAUUUUUUACCUAACUCCCUAAUCUCUUCUAGACCAUUUUAAAUAUCCUUGGAUCCUGAAUCUCAAAUUUGUCUUACUAAGCGCGCUAACCAAGCCUCGUUCGAAGAGAAAACAACGUCCUUCAAUGUUAUAUCCUUCAAUGCUUGCGGAAUAUCAGAAUCAGUACCAACAAUUUCUUGAAGCAACUUGUUACGAUAAAACAAUUUUAUAGCCUGUAUAGCACGUUAAUCCAUUGGCUGUAUCAAUGGCGUACAAUUUGGGAGAAGGAAAAGCAUUGAAAUUUGAUUAUCGUCGCUAUACAAUUGAGUAGGGUGUCCAAGUGUCCAGGACUAGAAUUGCCAUCGAACUAAGGUUAAAUUAUUUCAUUGUACUUCUUACUGAUGGACCAAACUCACUGUGAAACCACUCAGUGAAAAUUUCUCUCGUCACCCAAGCUCUGCGUUGACCUUUGUACGAAAUAGGAAUAUUAACAUUUCUAAAAGAACGUGGUUUCAUACCUUUACCUAGGAACAACAAUUUUAAUUUAUGGGAUCAAGAGAUAUUGCAAGAGGGCAUAAAAGUGAUUCGACUUUUCGCCCUGGAGAAAAUGCGCUAAGAUUUUGUUUGGAAGAACUGUCCACAAAAGCCCACUUAGGUUAGGUUUUUUUUUUCAUUAUUCCAGCAAAGUUUUCCACAAAUGGCAAGACUGCAUCGCGGUCGGUUGAAAGUGUUAAGUGUUAAGUGUAAGUUGUUAUUUCUCUGUAAAAAAAAACAAGAAAUUGGUGUACCUGUAAAAAAAGGGAAUUGUAUCAAAAAGAAUUGCAAGAUUUGAUAUACUGCCUGGCUCUAUGAAGUUAAAUAAAAUCGCUUAAAAAUAGAAAAAUAUAAUAUUUUAUAACGAUGGACCAGAAUUAAACUUACCUUUUGUAAUUUAAUGACAGAACAGCGUAAAUAACGACUUUUCGAUUUUAGGAGUUGCACUGAGUUUCAAUGUCUCUCUGUUGGAAGGACAGACAUCAUUUUAGUGGAGAAAUGCCAUUUUUUUGUCUUUGAUUCUCUUUAUAUCAGUUCCUGAAGCUUUUCGGAUCCUAUACUUUGAAGUAAUACUUGAAUAACUCAUACCGGCAUCAAUACCUUCUAUAACUUUAUUGAUUUAAAUCACACGUGCUUUUUUUUUGACAUAUUUGUCUUUUAAAUUAGAAAAAAGAUUCCUAUUUUUCAGGUUUUUGUCCUGUAACAUUCGCACUAUCGAGUGGUAUAUAUCUUAAUUAAAAAUUUGAAUCUAAUAUAAUAGUUAAAAAAUAUAUUUAUUUUUUAUUGUAACAUUGAGUUUUACGUUUUAUUAUUUAAGCAAAGUAUUUUAAACAAAAUACAAAGCCACUUUAAAGUCCCAGAACAGCCGAUACAUAAAUAGUAUUUCUAAAUACAUUAUUUAGUUUUAUAAUGCUCUUUUACGAACGAAUAGGCUAUAGCCCUUUAAACCAAAAAUUAAAGUGUACGAUUUAUUUAUUUUUAAUAAGGCAGUCAAUAUGUCAAAAGUAAUUAAUUACAAAAGCAUUAGUAAAACGAAUUAAAAACCGAAGUGGAUUAACAAGAUAAGAAGGGCCGCUUAUACUCCAAUAUUCGACUUCGAAAAAAUUUAAAAAAUGAAAAAGUUGGAUAUUUUCAUUCCUUUAAAAAUUCUUUUUAGCAUGCCAAAAUCAAAUUAGAAAAAGAAGUAAGUAAAUUCAAAAUUUUUUUGCUAUCGAAUAUUUUGUGCCUCUAUAUAUUAUAUUUUACAAUAAAAUUUGCUCAAAGAGAAAACUAAUGGCAAAUAUAAAAAUGACUAGAUUAACAAAUUAGGAAAUAUUAAAUAUUAGCAAUUUCUUAACUUGUUGUUAUAUAUAUUAUAUAUCACCCGUUCGUUUGUUGAACUUCAACUGGAAUCCUACAGGCGU